GCGCGGAGAGCACAGCGAGGAGCAGAAACGCAGCGCCUGAGCCACAGUAUGAAAUUCAUCGCGGCUUAUUACUUGCUGCCUCUUCUCCCUGCGCUGGUCUUUGGCUCUAGACAGGGCUAUGAAGAACUGGAAAGACAACUGAAAGAAGUCUUUAAGGAAAGGAGCAAUAUUCUCCGUCAGCUGUCGAAGACUUCUAAAGAACUUGAGGGAAUUAAAGUAAACCUCCAGUCUUUGAAAGAUGAUGAAGCAUCGGCCAAGAGUGAUGUGCAGAAACUUCUGGAACUGGGCCAAAAGCAAAGGGAAGAAAUGAAAUCUCUCCAGGAGGCCUUUCAAAAGCAGCUUAAUGAGGCAGCUGAGAAAGCAGAAAAGCAGCAGGCUACCAUUAACUUUUUGAAGACUGAAAUGGAAAGGAAGAGCAAAAUGAUCCGUGAUCUCCAAAAUGAGAACAAAAGCCUCAAAAACAAGCUCCUGUCAGGAAACAAGCUCUGUGGUAUUCAUGCAGAAGAGUCAAAAAAGAUCCAGGCCCAGCUGAAAGAGCUUCGGUAUGGGAAAAAAGAUUUGAUAUUUAAGGCACAACAGCUGACGGAUCUGGAGCAAAAACUAGCAGUUGCAAAAGAUGAAUUGGAAAAGGCAGCCCUUGACAAAGAGUCGCAGCUGAAAGCUCUGAAGGAGACUGUACAGCUUUGCCUGUCUUCUGUUCUGCACAAUAAGCCUCCCACCAGGAAUCUGAUCCCUGCAAAACCAGCAGAGAAGCUGACGGCCCCCGUGGCAAAGGGCUCAAAAGUCCCUUUUCAAGGGACAAGCACUAAGCCAAAUAUCUCAGCAGAGAAAGAGAGUCUUCGCAUUACCUCAAGAAAGAAAGAAAAUCAUAGCAUCCAGGAGUGCGAUUCUCAAGAUGUUGGCAAGACAUGUCUGGGGAACCGCAAUAAUUCUACAUCUCAUUUGAAGGCAGCAGAAACAGAGACAAGCUUUCAGAAGUUGCACAGCCCUCCAUGGACUAAACCUGAAGAUAAAAAAUCGCCUGAAAGAAAUGAGAGAAAGUUUGAAGAGCCUAUUAGUACAAAAGAGAAAAAACUCUAAGCACUACUAAUCUACAUUAAAAAUGUUCUUUACUUGCUCCCAUCUUCAUAUUCUUUUAGUUCAGAGGCAUGAAAUGUACCAGGUUUCUAAAGCAUGCAUUUUUUCACUAUUUUAUGAAUGUUUGUAAAAUAGUCUAGAAUAGACAAAUUAGUAUCUUUAAGCAAUAAUCCAAAAUGGAUGUUUGAAGAAAUGCUUUGUAAUACAGUCCAGUUUUUGAAAUAUAAUUCCACCCUGAUCAAUAAUUGCAUAUUAUGAAUUAGUUUGUUUUGUAAACAACUGCCAUUCUCAAGUAUCAUCUUCUGCAUCUAUUCUAUUUCAUGUACCUUUAUAACAGAUUAGGAUUUAAAUCAAGUUAAGAAUAAUAGGCAGUUAACAUGGAAAAAGAUAUUUAAAAAUCUUUGUAAGUAUAGUUGGAGUACAGUGCAACUCAUCAAAAUAAUUGUAAAAGUGAAAUGGUAACGAU